UAACGGGGGAAAGGGAUUUGACGUCGUUGCACGAUACGUCGAGCAGAGGAUAGGGUUUUGGAAAGAACGAGCAGCCGUGAAUGCGGCAAGAUAUGCCCCUUUGAACUCGCAGAAGAGCUGGGCGCUGUUUCCAGCUCCAAGCCGCUCGCACGACUCCAUGCGGGCGGGGGGGGAGGAGAGGGGAGAGGGGGGGGGGGGGGGCAUCUCCACCGAGAUGAUGGGGAACUUCGCGCGAAUGUUAGCACGUGAACCGCCUGUUUGCGGAGACGCGUGAACGUCGGAUCGUUGAGGAGGAAUGCGCAAGUCCGAACUCGCCGGCGGUGGAAUUUCGGAACUCGUAACUCGGGGGGGUAAAAAAGUUGACUGUCCGGGCCAACGGGAUAGCGUGGCUAUUUUGCGCGGAAGCGCUGAACUUCGGCGCACUGCAGCGAGGAGGAGGAGGAGGAGGAGAAAGGCACCGUUUGGGAAAAUGGACGGCAUCGUCGCACACGUAAAGGUUUUGGAACUCAAGUGAACCAUGGAAAGAAAUAAAGGAAACUAGCUGUUUGAUUCCACAGAUUAUGUACGCCACAACUGCUGUACGAAUAAGAGGUGACGAAAACAAAUGGAGCCAUCUUGUGGCAUCUUAGUGUUAUAGGAAGAGUAUGAAAACCGGGAAUAGAUCUGCUGCCAUGCCAGUGUGGGUGAUAUGUCAUCUUCCAGUGGUCGCAGUGCGAUCACUGCUAUCACUUGUGCUAUUAGCAACAGGCUGGGGCCUUACCUCGAAGCCUGGUUUUGUGGUACAAGGAAAGGACUCGUAUUCUGCCUUAUAUCCGACUUUCGUACGGAAUGACACAGAAUUUGAGCACUUGGCCUUGCAUCCUCACCCCAAUGUGGGUCGAGUUUAUGUUGGCGCUUGUGACAACUUGUUUCAGUUGGACAAAUUGCUCCAGCCUGAGCUCCAGGAUCACACUGGACCAGUCAAAGACAGCCCAGAGUGCUUGCCACCUGUAACCGAGAGUAACUGCCCUCAAGCAAGGCUCACCAGCAACCACAACAAGCUCUUGCUGAUUAACCCGUACUCCAUGGAACUUAUUACUUGCGGCAGUGUCAACCAAGGUAUCUGCCAGAAACGAAGUCUUGAUUCUAUCAAAAAGGUGCUGUUCUCCACUGAGACACCAGUGGAUACUCAAUAUGUAGCAGCUAAUCACCCCAAUGUUAGUACUGUUGGACUCAUCGUUCAGUCCCAUCCGCACAGGCAGCCGGUUCUUUUUGUUGGUCGAGGCUACACAAGCAGCCACCCACCCAUCGCCACACGAAACCUGGACCAGGAGCCCAUCUUUUCUUAUGAGGAAACUGCAAAGUUGGCUGUGGCUGGUCGCCUCUCUGAAUAUGACCAUCAUUUUGUAGCAUCCUUUGCCCACCAUCAUCACGUGUACUUCCUCUUCUACAGGCGAGACUUGAAGUCAAAAUCACGCGAGUACCGCACCUACAUCUCACGUGUAUGUUUGGAUGACCAAGCCUAUUAUUCGUAUGUGGAAGUGCCCCUGACAUGCCAUUCCCGGGCAGGGAAAAAUUAUAAUCUCCUUCAAGCAGUCCAGCUUGGGUUCUCCAAAGAUGGCACAGGGAGUCAAGGGUCUGAGAUUGUUCUCGGUGUUUUUUCCACUCGGUUGGCUUCAUCAAAUCGACCCAGUGAGGACUCUGCCCUAUGCAUGUUUAACCUGGAAGAUGUGGACCGCAGGAUUAACUCCACCAGAGACCUGUGUUACACAAAGAUGGGCAGAGUGUCCGGAACGGAGGCAGCCUACAUCGAGUACGAAGUCAAAUCUAAAUGUGUCAACCUGCUAGAGAAUACUCUCGAUAGGUACCCUUGCGGCUCGGAUCACACGCCCAGCCCCAUGGGUAGUCGGAUUGCUGUGGAAGCUGAAACCAUUUUGGACAGCCCCUCUGCUCGACUCACAGCGGUUGCCGUGAGCAUGAGGGCGGGCCAUACAAUUGCAUUCUUGGGAGACUCCAAGGGAAACCUGCACAAGGUGUUCCUGGGGCCAAAUGGUGAGGUGGAGGAAUACUCCAUAAGUUCCAUUCAGCAGAACACAGCCAUCAACUCAGACCUUGUCCUGGAUAAAGAGGAGCAGCAUCUCUUCAUCAUGACCCAUAACAUGCUGCAGAAGAGGCCGGUAGCUGAAUGCAAGCAGAACCCCGACUGUCACUCCUGCCUGCAGGCCCAUGAUCCUUACUGUGGCUGGUGUGUCCUAGAGGGAAGAUGUGUUUUGCAGUCAGAGUGUCCUCGUGGGGACCACCCCGGCCAGUGGCUUUGGAGCUUUGACAUGGAACAGCAGUGCCUGGCUGUCCAAGAACUCAACCCAUCAAACAUCAGCAGGGGAGAAAGCAGGACAGUCUCUUUAUCAGUUCCAGGGCUUCCAGUGUUAGAAAAGGGGGAGUCCUUCUCCUGUUUCUUCCAAGGGCUCCACAGCCCUGCCGCAGUCACUGGAAGUGGUGUCACCUGUCAUUCUCCACACACCAGCCAAGUGCCUAUAGUCCCUCCGGGACAGGAUUUCCUCACAGUCCUCUUGUCUCUUCGUUUUGGUGAUGUCACAGUUGCAGAGAGUGAUUUCACCUUUUAUGACUGCUUGGCUGUUAAGCAGCUUUCAGGGAGUAUGCUCUGCCGUGGUUGUGUUCUGAGCCGAUGGGGUUGUAAUUGGUGUGUUCACCAGCACUUAUGUACCCACAAGCCCACCUGUGAGGAGGGCGUUAUCAUCUAUAACCAACAUUUUGAACUCCCCACCUCAGCUCCUACCACUACCAAAACGCUAAAGGUUUUCACAACGCCCACCACCACAGCUGUGGCCACAGCCACCGCGACAGCCAUCACAUUAGCUCCCACAACAAUGGCAACAACUAUUGCCACAACAACUACAGCUCCUGUUGCGCCGUUGACCACUCAGGCACCUAUCACCCCACAUUCCAUUGCUCCUGAGAUGACUACCACCCCUCAGCCUUCCAGUAGCUUGGCAAUCACCAAACCCGCAUCUAUCACAUUCCCACCCAUAGACAUUACAACCAGGAAAGAAGACUCUUCUGAUGGAGUUGAAGUUAUGUUCAUCACCGAAACAGGCUUGGAGGGUGCUGACGUUACUCCAAGUGCAGAAUUAUUGCCUGUGACCAUUGGUGGGGAUCUAAAGCCCAUAAUGCCUCUGGUGAUCCCACCUCCUGACUCUGACUCCCUGGAGGUGAUGACAGAGUUACCCCACACUGAAACCCAGGAACUUGGGGGAACACUAAGCUGGGUGGAUCCACUCACCCCGACAUCAUCUGGCUUCCCUCUGCCAACACCCUUUCUCACAGGCGAAUCAACCAACUCUGAGUCUUCCAUCUCACUGGAUCUGAUUGAGGCAACAACUCUGGUACCACCUCUAGACUCUCAAACUCAGUCUCAAAGCAGGGAUGUCAACCCUGAUGUGCUCUGGCCCAAGGAGGAAGACGACAUCCCUGGUGAUGGCACUUUCCUUGCAGACAACGACACCGCCAAUUUUUCAGCUGCCACCGUGCUUUCAGGUGAUGGUGAAGUUGACCGUGCAUCUCCAGUUUAUCCCCACUUGGUGGAUACUGAGCUGGACUACCAGUACGAUCCUGCUGAAAGCUUCCUCCCGGGGGAUGAGGGCUCCUAUGUCAGCUGGGGUUCUUCAGCUUGCCCUUGUGUGGAGAAGGUCCAGGGUUCAUCGUUACUCCCUGUCAGAGUUGAGAGGAAAAUCACUUUACUUGCCCGCAACCUACAUCUGUAUCAGGAUACUGAGUUGGACUACCAGUGUGUGUUGGUCAUUGAGGGGCAAACGGUGGUGGUGGAUGCCUAUGUGGAGACUGAUGACAUGAAUCCAUCCAACUUUGACAUCACCUGUCAACUACACCAGUACACAUAUUCUGCUCCUGUGGAAGAAUAUCAAGCUAUGGUGUAUGUGAAGAGGAGGGACAAAUUCCAUGUUGACAGCUCUCCCGAUCUUUAUGUGACUUUGUACAACUGCUCGGUGGGACGGUCUGACUGCAGUCGUUGCCACACAGCAGAGCACAAGUAUGGUUGCGUGUGGUGUGGAGGUGCACGGGCCAGUUGUUUAUAUUCUGGCUCAUGCAGUGAAGCGGUACAGCAGACAUGCCCAGCUCCGGUCAUUCAUUCUAUUGAGCCACUCUCUGGCUUGCUCGAAGGUGGCACUAUGGUGACCAUAACAGGCUCCAACCUGGGCCAAAAAGCAGAGGACAUCCUCAGUUCUGUGUCGGUGGCUGGUGUGCCUUGCGUAGUCAUAAGCAGUCUCUAUGAAGUCUCCUCCAGGAUUGUUUGCAGAACAAAAGCUAGUGAAGGAGAGAAGGUGGGCCAUGUGUCUGUUAAAGUGAGCAAGGGAGAGUUUGGCUUUUCCAGACAGACAUUCAGCUUUCAGGAUCCAUUUGUGAUGGGAGUAUUGCCCGAAAGAGGUCCCGAAGCUGGCGGAACAACUCUGACAAUCAGUGGCCGAAACCUGUUGACAGGACGUCCUUCUGAUCUCACCGUCACUCUGGGAGGAGUGCCCUGUAACAUGGUGUCAGAGGUUCAGAGCUCCCGUGUUCAGUGCGUGACAGGUUGCAGCAACAAGACAGGAAAUCACCAGGUCACUCUGCAUUACGGCAGCAGCCAACGCCACCUCCGCACUUCAGCUUACCGCUACACUCACAACCCCAACAUCACCCACGCCAAGCCAACUAAGAGCUUCCUGAGUGGUGGUCGACUGAUCUAUGUGUCGGGCCGCAACCUGGAUGUGGUGCAGGUACCCCAGAUGGUUGUGACCGUGUCUCCUUACGAGUCCAUCCAGAAGAAUAAGAGGAGAAGAAGGAAGAAGCGCAGGAGCAGAGACGAGAAAGUGGAACAGACCAAAAUGGUUCCCGACCCAGUUUGUCCGGGAGAUCCGCUCUGCUCUGUCAAACAGUUCACAGAACGUUGCGAGGUGAAUUCCUCAUCCUUGAUCCUGUGUCGAUCUCCGAUGGUGGACUCUUCUGUUUGGCGGUCAAAGGUCACUGUGGAGUUUCUGCUGGACAACCUGCGCUUUGAUGUUAAGAUUGUGAACCCGCAAGCCUUCAGCUAUGAGCCCAACCCUGUCCUGCGCCCGCUGAAUCAGCAGGACCCUCUGAAGGCAUAUCGCUACAACCCUGGCAGCUUCAUCCAGCUCGAGGGGGAAAAUUUAGACCUGGCUAUUACCAAGGAGGAGGUGGUUGUGUUAAUCGGGGAAGGUGUGUGUGCUGUGAAGACACUUACAAGAAACCAUCUGUACUGCGAACCGCCACCACGUCAGCCUGCAUCGGGAACUCAUGGCAAGAAACGAGACGGUUCUGACACCCUACCAGAAUUCACUGUCCAUAUGGGAAACUUAAACUUCUCCCUGGGUAAGGUUCAGUAUGACAAUUUAAGCCUGGCCACCUUUCCCUUGGAAGCUCAGAUUGGAGUCGGAGUUGGGGCAUCCAUCGUGGCACUCAUUGUCCUAAUCAUUGUACUUGCAUACAGGAGAAAGAGUAAGCAGGCUUUAAGAGACUACAAAAAAGUUCAAAUCCAACUCGAAAACCUUGAAACCAGCGUGAGGGACCGCUGCAAGAAGGAGUUCACAGACCUGAUGACAGAGAUGAUGGACAUGUCAAGUGACCUCGUUGGUUCUGGAAUCCCUUUCCUUGAUUACCGGAUGUACGCCGAACGCAUUUUCUUCCCCGGCCACCGGGAGUCACCACUGAGGCGAGACCUGGAUGUUCAGGAGUGUCGCAGACAGACAGUGGAGCAGGGUCUGGUACAACUAUCUAACCUUCUCAACAGUAAACUCUUCCUGACCAAGUUCAUUCAUACCCUGGAAAGUCAACGGACUUUCUCUCCCCGAGACCGUGCCUAUGUCGCCUCUUUACUUACGGUGGCGCUGCAUGGCAAACUGGAAUACUUUACUGAUAUCCUCAAAACCCUCUUGAACGACCUUGUGGAGCAGUAUGUGGCCAAGAACCCCAAACUGAUGCUGCGGAGAACCGAGACAGUGGUGGAGAAGCUGCUGACCAACUGGAUGUCCAUCUGUCUCUACGCUUUCCUCAGAGACUCUGCCGGGGAGUGCCUUUACAUGCUUUUCAGGGCAAUCAAACACCAGGUCGAUAAAGGACCGGUUGAUGCUGUCACAGGCAAGGCCAAAUACACACUCAACGACAACCGCUUGCUGCGAGAGGACGUGGAGUACAAAACCUUGACACUUAAUGUACUGGUGCAGGGCGGAGGAAUUAAUGAGUGCCAGCCGCUACCCUCGAAAGUGCUGGACUGCGACACCAUCACACAGGUGAAAGAGAAGCUGCUGGAUCAGGUGUACAAAGGCACCUCUUUCUCUUACCGACCACAUACAGACUCAUUGGACCUGGAGUGGAGGUCUGGUGUUGCCGGUCAUCUCAUCUUGUCAGAUGAGGACUUAACAUCUGUGUUCCAGGGCAACUGGAAACGUCUCAACACCUUGCAGCACUACAAGGUCCCAGAUGGUGCAACAAUAGCUCUGGUCCCUCGGCACACUAAACACAUUCACCAUGACAACCAUGACUACGUGGCUGGAGAGAAAACACCCAUGUUGGAGGACGCAGAGGAAGGCGGCAUGAGACUCUGGCAUCUGGUGAAGGCCAGCGAAGAACCUGAGCUGCCCAAACAUCGCAGAGGCAGUCUGAGAGAAAGAGAGAGGGCCAAGGCCAUACCAGAGAUCUACUUGACCCGCCUGCUUUCCAUGAAGGGGACCCUGCAGAAAUUUGUAGAUGAUUUGUUUACAGUUAUCCUCAGCACCAGCCGACCCGUCCCACUGGCUGUCAAAUACUUCUUUGACCUGCUGGAUGACCAAGCUGGUCAACACUGUAUCUCUGACCCAGAGACUAUACACAUUUGGAAGACCAACAGUCUCCCACUGCGUUUCUGGAUCAACAUUGUGAAGAAUCCCCAGUUCAUCUUUGAUGUGCAAGCCUCAGACCAUGUGGAUGCAGUGCUGUCAGUCAUCGCCCAGACCUUCAUGGACUCCUGCACCAUUGCUGAGCACAAAUUGGGACGGGAUUCGCCCAUCAACAAACUGUUGUAUGCUAGAGAUAUCCCCCGUUACAAACAGAUGGUAGAAAGAUACUAUGCUGACAUUAGGCAGACUAUCUCUGCCAGCGACCAAGAGAUGAACUCUGCUCUGGCUGAACUGUCAAGGAACUAUUCAGGAGAACUGAACUACUUGGUUGCGCUGCAUGAGCUGUACAAGUAUAUCAAUAAAUACUACGACCAGAUAAUCACAGCACUGGAGGAGGACACCACAGCCCAGAAGAUGCAGCUUGGCUACAGGCUACAGCAGGUCGCUGCGGCUGUAGAGAAUAAGGUCACAGACUUGUGACAGAAAACUCCCCCCCCCCCGGGUGAUAUAAGAAACAGUGGAGUGAGCGGGUAUACCUUGCUGGUUGAACUGAAACGCACGAUAGCACUGGAGAUUUUUAGGACUGAUCGCUUGCAGAACAGGGGCUGAGUUUUGAAAUCAACUUCGCAAUUUUAUUAUGAAGCAGCUGAAGAUAAAGAUGGCUGAAGUUGACCUCCUAGCUCUUUUUUUGUACUAUUUGUAUAUUGUGGACUUUGGGUUUUUGUAAGAAUAUGACAAUUACCUUGGAAAAAUGAAGAUGGGAUAUAAAAUUAACACAGUUCACGCCUGCUGUUAUGGUAAUGUCAAUUGAUUUUGUUCUCUUGUUGCUGCUGUACGGUCAAAUCGAUUUUCUUGCUUAAUAUGUGUGAACAGUGAUCCCUGGUUGUUUUUGCUGGUUGUCACUUAACCUGUAUUGUUUUGGUGUCAAACCGCUCACAGUCACCGAUGUUUUAAAGCGGCGAAAGUAGCUUGAGAAAAGCCCCUUCUGUCCUCCGUAAGUGAUUCAUUGUACAGGGAACUUGUGACAACAUUCCCCCCCCCCCCCCCCCCCCCCCCUUUUCUUCUUUCAUUUUCAACACAUCCCCUAUACCCGAUUAGCCGCAAGUUUCUCGAGUGCUUCUCUCUACCUCAAACUGCUGCGCGACAUGACAUGCUUUUAUUUCAGUGCACCAGCUUUGAGUGUAUUGUACGCACAGAACAUCGCGAUACUUGCUAGACAUUGUGGUUUGAACGAACGCACGAUUUGAAUUGAAAUCCUGCUCAUGAGUAGUUUAAGGUACUUCGAACCUGAAAUUGUCAUUUUACCCUUUUUUUGUCACUCAUUUUAGGGCUACUGAUUUAUCUUGACGUUACUUUAAGUGCACAAGUCACUGGACCAAUAUUAAAAACAAACCUAUAGAACAGAUUUUAGGACGAGUACUACCCGGCGAUGCGUCGUCAUUUAAGGUUCUGCCUUAACAUACCUUCUCAUUUCAGCUUUUACAUUCUCUUUUUUUUUUUCAACCUUGUGCUACCCUAAACUGUUGUGGCACAAUGGUACAUUAUUGUUUGUACUACGUGCCAUUUUGGGACAGAAACCAUGUAUAAGAUAACAAAGGUUUGAAAUGUAAGCGGAUGUAUUUCCUGUGCUGCUAGUCAGUUGGUGUCGAUCUUCUGAAUCUAUUCUGCUUUUGAUUGGCGCACAAUUGAAUUGUGAUGCUUUGGUGGUGUUUUGGUUAUUUAAAAAAAAACAAAAAAAACCAAGGGUUGAUUGGGGGUUAAAUGAUGCUCUCUGUUGGUCUGGGUCUUUCCCUUCUUUUAUGUGUUAAUGGCUGUGGUUAGGUGAUUUUGAUUUAGAAGGCAUCGCAGUCAUGAACCGGUUGGGCUUUGGGUUAUAGUUGGGUUUUGACAGGACGAGAUAAACCAUCAAAUAUGCAUUUAUAUAAUGUUUAAAAAGCGACCAUUUGCAUUUUAGUAUCAAAGUUGGGUCAGUGCCUAGUGCUUACAGAGUCUCAGUCUCAGUUCUGACUGUUUCCUCGUGUACAGAGCUCCAAAUGCAGCCAGAAGCAGCUUAUAACUUGUAUGAACCGAUUUUCUGCUCAAGAAAAUGCCAGUUCAGAUUUGGAUACAGGAUUAGAAAUGAUCAAAACGAUCUCUCAGAGAGAUGUAACUAUGAGAUUGAAUACUUUUGGAGAUGUAGAGCAGGCUCUGCAAGGAGCAAUUUUAAAGCUGUUUCUAAUUUUGUGUGUUAAUAACAUUGUACAGACUGUUUUCAAAUGUUACUGUAGUGAUUUAACCUGUUAAUUGAGAGGAAAUGCAAAUUCUCUCAGAUGCCGACGUAAUAAAGUAUUCUAAUUUU